UCAAUAUUUUCUCUUUCCUUGUUGUUUACAUCAAUAGCAGCCUAAGAAGACAAGAAUUGCUAAAUCAAGCUAAUUGCAUAUCACCAAGGGUUGCUCAACUACUCUUUUAUUGAUUAUUACGUUCACUCACUUAAGCUAUAUAGAAAUAUUACUUAUUGCUUCAGUUCUAGUUCUGGCAAAACCAGGCGAAAAUGAAGUUUGGAAAAGAGUUCUCGUCGCAGAUGGUGCCGGAAUGGCAAGAGGCAUACAUGGAUUACGAUUACCUCAAAGUCCUUUUGAAAGAAGUCCAACGUUUUAAACAAAGUACUAGGCCACCAGCCACCCCAGGUGGGCUAAAACGAAAGUUAUCUCUAUACAGAGCUUUCAGUGGCCUAACGCAGUUGCAAAGACAUGGUCCUGUGAGCCCAUCCUCUGCAUCGGAUAUUGAAAGCCAGCCCAUUUUGGUGAAUUCGGUGAGCAAGAAUGGGGAUCGUAGUUAUGAAACCACGUUUCUUAUGUCUGCGGAUGAAGGAGGAGAAUAUGAGUUGGUGUAUUUUAGAAGGCUUGACGAUGAGUUUAAUAAGGUGGACAAGUUUUAUAAGUCGAAGGUGCAAGAGGUGCUGAAGGAGGCCGAAAUUUUGAAUAAGCAAAUGGAUGCUUUGAUUGCUUUCAGAAUAAAAGUGGAGAAUCCGCCAGCUUCUUAUUUCGACCGGACGGUGGAGAUGACUCGCUUGGCUUCGGAUAUUGCAGCUUCUACCGCUGAACUGUCCAUUUCUACUCCAGCUGGAGCUAGAGCAAGCGGAAGACAAGCCCACAUGGAUGUGAUUGAAGAGACCGGGGAGAGCAGCCAUGGGCAGUCAGAUGAAUCAAAUGAUGAUAAAGAUGAGAUUAAAGAGAAGAAUACUAUGAAGAAGAGGGUUCAUGAAGAGACGAAGAAACCUGUUGAGGUGAAGGCACCUAGACCUAGACCGGCUCCAUUGGACAUACUCCAGAAGGUGCAAAUAAACAACCCAAAAGAAACUCCUCGUUCCACCAUCAAGACUGUCCUCGGGGUUCCUCACCAGACAGAAAUUAAAUUCAACAGAGAAAAUCUAAGAAAAGUUGAAGACCAACUUAAGCGGGCUUUUGUUGAAUUUCACCAAAAGCUGCGUCUUCUAAAGAGUUACUGCUUCUUAAAUACCCUGGCGUUUUCUAAGAUCAUGAAGAAAUACGAUAAGAUCACUUUAAGACAUGCAUCAAAAUCUUACAUGAAGAUGGUGGAUAAUUCCUACCUUGGCAGCUCUGAGGAGGUUUCUAAGCUUAUAGAGAGAGUGGAAGCUACAUUCAUCAAGCAUUUCUCAAAUUCAAACCGAAGUAAAGGCAUGAACAUCUUAAGACCAAAAGCCAAGAGAGAAAGACACAGAACAACAUUCUCUACGGGUUUUUUCGCUGGUUGCACAGCUGCUCUCAUAAUAGCCGUUAUAUUUAUCAUACGUACCCACGAUAUUCUGCACAAGGAAGGACAGAAACAGUACAUGGAGACCAUGUUUCCUCUUUACAGCUUGUUUGCGUAUAUUGUCCUGCACAUGGUUAUGUAUGCUGCCAAUAUAUAUUACUGGAGGCGGUACCGAAUCAACUAUUCCUUCAUAUUUGGUUUCAAGGAAGGAACAGAGUUGGGUUAUCGACAAGUUCUACUUGUGGGUUUUGGUAUAUCGGUACUCGCGCUACUCACUGUGAUCGGCAAUCUUGAUAUGGAGAUAGACCCCCAAACAAAAGAUUACAAUGGAUUGACAGAAUCUCUGCCUUUGAUCUUGGUUUUGGUUCUGCUGGUUGCAUUGUUGUUUCCAUUCAACCUCUUAUAUCGCUCAAGUCGCUUCUUCUUCUUAGUAUGUUUGUUCCACUGUAUUGCUGCUCCUCUCUACAAGGUCACACUCCCAGAUUUCUUCUUGGCAGAUCAGUUUACUAGCCAGGUGCAAGCCCUAAGAAGUUUGGAGUUCUACAUUUGCUAUUAUGGAUGGGGAGACGUUAAACACCGCACGAACUACUGCAAACAAAGCACUGUAUUCAACACUUUUAACUUCAUCGUCGCUGUGAUUCCAUACAUGUCUCGCCUUCUCCAGUGUCUUCGACGCCUUUUCGAGGAGAAAGAUCCAAUGCAAGGAUACAAUGGCAUCAAAUAUUUCCUUACAAUUGUAGCGGUUUGCAUGAGGACUGCUUGGAGUCUUAACAUGGGAAAGGGUUGGGAAGUAUUGGCCUGGACUUUCUCAGUCCUUGCAGCAAUCUUUGGUACAUAUUGGGACCUUGUUUUCGACUGGGGGCUUCUUAACCGCCAUUCAAAGAACCGUUGGUUGAGAGACAAGCUCCUUAUAUCUAAAAAGAGUGUAUAUUUCAUUGCCAUGAUAUUGAACGUUCUUCUGAGAUUCGCAUGGAUGCAGACUGUGAUUAAGUUUGACUUCACCUUCAUGCAUAGAAACACCUUGAUUGCAACUGUUGCCUGCCUUGAAAUCAUUCGUAGAGGCAUAUGGAAUUUCUUCAGGUUGGAGAAUGAGCAUUUGAACAAUGUUGGAAAGUACCGUGCAUUCAAGUCAGUACCACUACCUUUCCACUAUGACGAAGAUAAAGACCUGUAAAAUAUAUGAGUUACCAAAGGCUUCAGCAGAAAUUCUUGACGAUAAAAUUACGUGGAAGAGAAGUUUCUUGUUAUUUUUAGUAUCAUUUUUGUUUUGUACUUGUAUAUGUCAGUUGAUUUUGUCAAAUUCUCAAGAGGUAAAUGCUAUGUACAUGUGAUGAAAGUGUAACAUUUUGAUCAAUGGAAAUAAUUUUUUUUUGGAUUUAUUAAA